UAGCGACAGCGCUGUUUAGGAGACAAACAAGGACGUGUAGAAGGGGACUAUUUUUCCCCUCCUUGUUCCUCCGGAUCUCGCACUGACAGCUUCUCAACGCACCGAGAUUUCUGACCGUAUGGCGGCUUCAGAUCGGGCUGUCCACUGUAAGUCUGAUGAGUGAUCCUCCCCCUGGUCCUGUCCUCCAUUAUGGUCGACAUGGAGAGCCACUACCGGCCACCGUCCCCCCUGGAGGAUUCGGUGCUGGGCAGCCCGCUGUGUGAGGACUUCAUUGGGGGCAUGGAUGAACUGCAGGAUAUCCCCCAGUACAUCGACGGUGACGCCCUCUGCUCCUUGGACGUCCCUGAGUACCAGUCCCAGUCGAGUAACGGCUCAGAAGGAUCCACCGUUCUAGAUGCUCUGACCCCAGCCUCCAGCCCGUCGUCAGGGGGGUAUGGGGCGGCUGCAGGGCUGGAGGAGUUCUCCUCCACCUCUCUCAACCUGGAGUGUCGGGUGUGUGCCGACCGCGCCUCCGGAUACCACUACGGAGUUCACGCCUGUGAGGGCUGCAAGGGUUUCUUUCGGCGGACCAUCCGCCUCAAGCUGGAAUAUGACAAGUGUGAGCGCCGCUGUAAAAUACAGAAGAAGAACCGUAACAAGUGCCAAUACUGCCGCUUCCAGAAGUGCCUGUCUGUGGGCAUGUCCCACAACGCGAUCCGUUUUGGUCGGAUGCCCCAGUCUGAGAAGCUAAAGCUGAAGGCAGAGAUCCUGACGGGUGACAUGGAGGUGGAGGACCCCCAGCAGGCCGACCAGAAGACUUUGGCCAGGCACAUCUACGAGGCCUACCUCAAGAACUUCAACAUGAACAAGGCCAAAGCACGGACCAUCCUCACCGGCAAGACCAGCACUCCACCCUUCGUCAUCCAUGAUAUGGAGACCCUCCAGCUGGCAGAGCAGACCCUGGUGGCUAAGAUGGUGGGCACGGCCGGGGGCCAUCUGCUGGAGAAGGAGGCUGAGGUCCGCAUCUUCCACUGUUGCCAGUGCACCUCUGUGGAGACGGUCACAGAGCUAACCGAGUUCGCCAAGUCUGUCCCCGGCUUCUCCAGCCUGGACCUGAACGACCAGGUGACUCUGCUGAAGUACGGCGUGUACGAGGCGCUGUUCGCCCUGCUGGCUUCCUGUAUGAACAAGGACGGCCUCCUGGUGGCCUACGGAUCAGGCUUCAUCACCAGGGAGUUCCUCAAAAGUCUGAGGAGACCCUUCAGUGACAUGAUGGAGCCCAAGUUUCAGUUCGCCAUGAAGUUCAACGGGCUGGAGCUGGAUGACAGUGACCUGGCCCUGUUUGUGGCCGCCAUCAUCUGCUGUGGAGACCGCCCUGGCCUGGUGAACGUGGCCCACAUCGAGUGCAUGCAGGAGAACAUUGUUCAGGUGCUGCGGCUCCACCUGCUGGCCAACCACCCGGACGACACCUUCCUCUUCCCCAAUCUGCUGCAGAAACUGGCCGACCUCCGUCAGCUGGUCACCGAGCACGCGCAGUUGGUCCAGGAGAUCAAGAAGACAGAGGACACGUCGCUCCACCCCCUGCUGCAAGAGAUCUACAGGGACAUGUACUGAGAUAUUGAGCCGAGGGAGGAGGGCUAGGGGCUGGGAACACACACCUCACCCUCCAUUUUGGGGAUGUACUGAGCCUAGAAAGGAGGUUGUCCGCCAUUUUGGGGACACAGGCGUGAACAGUCUAUCUGAACAGUCCCACGGUGAUAGGGUUGAACCACUGAACCCCCAGAUGCAGGGUUGCUCGUCUUUCUCAGGAGAGAGAGUAUUGGUGUUUAUGAGGCCCAGACAUCACAGGACAAGACAGAACUACAGGACUAUACUCUGGGCACCUGCAGUGGGGUCCACUACUCCUACAGGGACCUAUAGGGCCGUAUUACAUGUGUGGAGGGGCAAUGUGGAGCUGAAUUUAGUCUCCUGUCCUAUCCUAGUGUUUGUCCUAAUGCAGCUCCCAGCUAGAGAACAUGUAUCGGGCUGGGUAUAGACACCUUCAGGCCAACGUCAGAAGAAGUACACGGAUCAAAUAAUAAAUUGCUGGUUUGGGUAACUAAGAUUCAGUCAGACUAUAACCACUAGAAUCCCUGCUUAGGUACACACUUAAAGGGGCCUGCACUGAGCCAUACUCAGGCCAUAGAGUGAAGAACAGCAGGACUUACUCUUCAGAAUCACCACUCCAGCAGUAUGUUUUUAACUAUGCCAUUUUGUACCGAACGUGAGAGUGAGAGGAAAGAAUAAUAAUGAUGCACACCUACUUUGCAGUAAAGACACCCAAGUGACUUCAAUGCCGACUACAGAUUUUAGAUGUGAGUGACUGUGUCUCACGGUAAGGCAGCUUUUUCAGCGAUUGGCUGUGCUCCCCUAGUGAGGUACAGAUGCAGGAUCUUAAUUUGAGACAGUUUGCUACAACAGGACAAUAAUCCUGCAACAACAGGAAAUGUGGAU